AUGAAGUUUUCAACUAUUACAAUCAUUGGUGGUUUAAUAACUGCUGUUGCAAGUAUGCCUGUACCUGAAAUAGUAUAUGUUACAGAAUAUCACACUGUAACCAUAACAGAUGGAGAAGAGAACUUGGCUAUACCAACUACUUUAGCCACUGCCGCUACUAGUUCUAUUGAACAAGAUUUGAAUAUAGGUGGUGUUGUGUCUGACGUUGUUUCACUCUUUGACUUUAAUCCUGAUGAAACUACAACUCCAACUACUUUUGCUGCUCCAAGUACCACUGAAUUAGCUACUACAACCACCACCUCAGCUCCAUCCCCAGUUGAACAAGCUCCAACUAUUACAACUACCAGUACUCCUAGUAGUACAUCAUCUACAUCACCUGUUCCUAGUGGAAGUGCAUUCUCAGGACAAGGUACUUAUUACUCUACUGGUUUAGGAGCAUGUGGAUGGACCAAUCAAGAUACCGAUUAUAUUUGUGCUAUUUCUCAUGAUUUAUAUGAUGCUAAUAAUGUUAAUGCCAAUCCUAAUGAUAAUUCGUUAUGUGGAAAAAAGAUUCGUGCUACUUAUCAAUCCAAUUCGGUUGAAGUUACGGUUGUGGAUAGAUGUACAGGAUGUCAAUAUUAUGAUUUAGAUUUUUCACCUAGUGCUUUUUCACAAUUGGCUGAUCAAUCAUUAGGUAGAAUUGAUAUUGAAUGGGAAUGGGUUUGA